AUGGCUUCCUUCUUGUUCAUCGUGUUUAUCUUCGCCAAUGCUUUGCCCACAUUGGCCCAGAUUGUCCACCAACACGACUUCAUCGUGCAAGCGAGCAGAGUGACGAGGCUCUGUAAAACCCAAAACAUUGUAACAGUCAAUGGACAAUAUCCAGGACCCACUUUGGAAAUUAACAACGGUGACACGUUGGUUGUCAAAGUUACCAAUAGAGCCAAAUAUAACGUCACCAUCCAUUGGCAUGGAAUUCGACAAAUGAGAACCGCAUGGUCAGAUGGACCAGAAUUUAUAACUCAAUGCCCGAUUAGGCCAGGGACCAGUUACACUUACCGGUUCACGGUUGAAGGCCAAGAAGGAACGUUAUGGUGGCACGCCCACAGCUCGUGGCUCAGGGCAACCGUUUAUGGAGCCCUCAUCAUUCACCCAAAACAAGGAACUUCCUACCCCUUUGCAAAACCUAACCGCGAGACACCCCUUAUUCUAGGUGAAUGGUGGAAUGCCAACCCAAUUGAUGUUGUUAGAGAAGCCACCAGAACAGGGGCGGCACCAAAUGUUUCUGAUGCAUUUACCAUCAAUGGUCAGCCCGGGGAUUUCUAUAAUUGUUCUAGCAAAGAUACAAUUGUUGUUCCGAUCAACUCCGGAGAAACCAACAUGCUCCGGGUCAUAAACGCGGCCAUGAACCAACAACUUUUCUUCACCGUAGCCAACCACAAACUCGUAGUUGUUGGUGCCGAUGCUUCCUACCUUAAACCUUUCACCACCAACGUCAUCAUGCUCGGUCCUGGACAAACCACCGAUGUUCUCAUAACGGCAGAUCAAACUUCCGCCCGAUACCACAUCGCGGCUAGUGCCUAUCAAAGCGCACAAGGAGCCCCAUUUGACAACACAACCACAACUGCCAUCCUCCAAUACAACACAUCGUCUUGCUCUUCCAAACAAAAGUGUGUAUCCACUAAACCCGUCGAAGCAAACUUACCCAAAUUCAACGACACUCGAAUCGCAACUAAAUUCACCACUACCCUCAGAAGUCCUCGAAAGGCACCUGUACCAACCGACAUCGACGAAAAUCUCUUCAUCACGGCCGGGUUAGGGCUUAACAAGUGCCCAUCCGGUUCCAACGCAAGUAAAUCUUGUCAAGGUCCAAAUGGAACACGUUUCACGGCCAGUAUGAACAAUGUCUCUUUCAUCCUCCCGUCUAAGGUCUCCCUUUUGCAAGCCUUUGACCAGGGAAUUGGAGGAGUUUACACCACCGACUUCCCACCAAAUCCGCCGCUGAAAUUCGACUACACAGGCAACGUGAGUCGUUCUCUCUGGCAACCUAUCUCGGGAACCAAAGCUUACAAGCUAAAAUACGGAGCGAGAGUUCAAGUAGUCUUGCAGGGAACGAACAUCUUCACGGCAGAGAACCACCCGAUUCACCUCCAUGGAUACGACUUCUACAUCGUGGCAGAGGGUUUCGGAAACUUUAACCCUAAUACAGAUACGGCCAAGUUCAACCUUAUUGAUCCGCCAAUGAGAAACACCGCAAGCUUACCUGUCGGUGGGUGGGUCGUUAUUAGAUUCGUCGCUGAUAAUCCAGGAACAUGGAUAAUGCAUUGUCAUUUGGAUGCACACAUAACGUGGGGAUUAGCUAUGGUCUUUGUGGUGGAGAACGGUAUCGGCGAAUCUCAGAAGUUGGAGCCGCCUCCGGCAGAUCUACCGGUGUGCUAG